AUGGCUAGAUCUUUAAGUGACCUUUACACUUUACUGGACGUCACAGAAUUCAUACUAGAUGAAAACCUUCCCAAUGUAACACAUGCGUUCCUGGAUGAACAUCACUCCUGGAAAGACGGCCGCAUUCCCAGGGAUCACUGCUUCAGCACAGAAGAAUCAUGUUUAAAAAAUGGCAAUGCUUCCUUUGGAUGCACGGGAUCCUACACCUGUUGCCUUGCAGAAUCGCUGUGCAUUGGACCUUCUUACUGCCUGAAAAAGGGACCUGCCUGUUCCUCAAAGAAGAGUGCUACUUCUACGAUUAAUGAAUCUGGCCUUGUUGAAACACGGAUCCAACAACUGCACACACUCAAUAUUGAGUUGCAAAGACAAAAAUUUUCUGCCGCUGCCGAUGAUUCGUGGAGAUCCUCCAUGUUCUCACUUUUGAUGCCCCUUGUGGGAUCUUUGAUUAGCCUCUUAUUAAUGAUCACCUUGGGACCACUUGUGCUAAACAGGAUUAUAAAAUUCAUAAAACAACAAAUUGACUCCCUGGCAUCAAAACCUCUACAGAUAUAUUAUCAUAGACUUGACCUGGCUGACAGGGGCUUGGCAGAACCUGAGGAUGAAACUAUUCCUACAGGAAAUAUAUAGAACUCAGAGCUAUAUACACCAGCUCUAGCGUGGACCCAUUGGCCCAUCUCUGAGUCCCCUGAGAGGCACACCUGAAUUGCAUAGAGGUUGGUGUCCUACAUAAAACUCCAGCCCUGCCUCUCCUGCCAAAAAGACACCAAGGGCUUACAACUAAACCACAGAGGAUUUGGGUCACUACCUCCCCCCUCUGGAUAAAGCCAAUUGCCCCAGAGGCAAGAAAUCAAGAAGUCUACCCUUACCUUGUCGUUCACCUCAUCUAAAUAUAAAUAAAAAGGGAGGAAAUGCCGGGAGCCAAAGAAAGAGUUAAAGAACUCUGGUGGAAAAGUUAAGAACAGAGUUAACUAACUCUGGUGGUAUGUUACAGCAAGAUAAGCAGCAGUAAAUAACUGUUGGUUCCUAGAGAGUCAUAAAUAACUGUUGGCUCCAGGAACUGAGAUUACCAUCUGUUAAUGUCUAACAGGUCACUGGUACCUUGUACUUCCUCCUCCAUUUUUUCCUCCUUCUGCAUUUUUCAUUCCCCUGCUUGUGUAUAUAAGCAGCCUCCAUGAUUAAACAGACAGAGCU